AUGGCCGUCGAUGACUUCCUGAGCAGAGACACCGAGACCUUUGUCUUGGCUCACAAGGCGUACUACCCGACCAAGAUCCCCAUCGCACACUAUCAAUUGCGCCACUUCAUCUCGUGCCCCGAACCAGAUCUCGUCUACUAUGCGAGUGGCGCCGCCGUCUACUGCCUCAAUGCGGCUACACGAACACAGGCCCACGUUACUACACUGCCCUGGGAAGCGCGCUGCACGGCUUCGGGCUACGGCUACGUCUGCGUGGGGGGAGAAGAACACGGCAACUUCGCCGCCAUCAAGGUGACCGGCUUCCCCCCAACGGAUCCCUCCGACGUCGACGCCUCGUUGCCCUUGGACUUCCAGCACCGCCUGCCUCGCCCGCCCAUACUAGGUGCAGCUUCGCGCGUACGCCUCGAGAAGAUUGGAACCGAUAUCGUCAACUCCAUAUCCAUACACAAGCUGCCAGCUGAAGGCAACGGCCAGGAUGAUGUUGUCGCAGUCCUCACCAACAACGACAAGACGGUGCGCAUAUACUCUCUUACACAGAAUCUGGAGCUGGCAGUCAUCGACCUGGAAUUCGCAAUGAACCAUGCUUCCAUUUCUCCCGAUGGCCAAAUGCUCGUGGCUGUCGGUGACGCCCCCAUUGGUUUCUUCUUCGAACGUACAGACUCGCGGAAGCCUAGCAAUAAGAUCCGUGAGGGGCUGAUGCAGUCGACGCCUCCCGUGUGGACGGAGCUACACAGAGUAAACCUCUAUAGGCCCGCUCAUUCUCAUGCAGACGGCUACUUUACUACAGCUUGGUCCCCCUCAGGACGUCUCUGUGCAGUGGGAUCAGAAUGCGGCUACAUCACAGUCUUUGAUAUCGAACUGUUAAAACUCGUCGAAUACGGUGAAGACGCGAUCCUACAGUUGAUAAGUUCUACUAGGCCGGACAGUCGAACUGGGCCUGGCGCAGUGCGGACGAUGCAUUUCUCGCCAGCACCAUGGGACUUCCUCAUCUGGAGCGAAGACCAAGGCAGGGUGUGCAUUGCCGACUUGCGAGCUGGCCUCAAGCUUAAGCAAACCCUCACGUUGGAUCCGAAAGAGGAAGGUCUCGAGACAGUUGAGAUAGCUGAUUUUGACCUCAACCUCAGUCCUGAAAUGCAUGAGCUUCGCAGAGAAGCGGAUCUGAUCAGGAGAUAUCGACGCGCGUUAGACGGGGAAGGCAACACGACGACCGCCAAUGUCGCGAAUGAAUACCUCGAAACUGACACUGAGCGACAGAGGCUACAUCGACGGCUGGGUGUAGUAGAGUCGGACAACGAUCCACUUGGCUUAACCGUGCGCGAAAGGCAAGUGCUUAGUGCUCUACGGACAAGGCAUAGGCAGCCUGAAGAGGCUCGGGAUGAGCAGGAAGUAACGCCCCGAAGUAUCAACUACACAACUUCUGAGCGACUCAACACUGUACCGGAGCCUACAGCUCGAGAGGUAGCCGAUGCGAUGGCUCGCUUCAUGGCAGAAAGGACUGGGCAGACUCACUCACGCAAUUGGCUCCAAGAGCGCACAACACCUCACCGUCGGGCUUCCGUCAUCGUGUCCAUAAACGAGGGCACAGUCAACGCACCAGCUGCCCUCACCAAUAUCACCGACUCUGUCCUUACCCGCUCACCAAACGCGGUGCCGGCACACGCGCGUCGCGUGACCAACGAGCUAGUUGCUUCGACAGAUGAAGCGUGGCGCACUGUUCAAGAUGCACUGGCAGCUGAGCAGGACCGCGCUACAACCCGCGCUACUAACGCACAUGCGCCUGGAGCCGACAGCCAUGCUACUGCGCCUGAACUUCGCAGCGAGCUUCGUCGAAUCCGUCAACUAACGCAGGCACGUGAACGUCUUCGCAUCACCCGCGCUGGCCAGCCUAUUCUUGAAUCCUACGAGUUCAGCCUAGGUCUCCGAGGUUCAAGCCGAACGACACAUGAUGCGAGACUAGGCGUACGGACGGCGGGACUCGCCAUGAGCCAGGAUGGGCGGACUCUGUAUUGUGGCACAGAGGAAGGUAUCUUCGAGUUCAAGAUGAACCUUCACGUGAGGAAGGCGUUCCCUGCAAUUACUCCCCGAUGA